CUUAACUAACUAACUUACUACUUGAUCGAUCAUCGCUGGUAUCUACUCUCCCCACCAUGAGCGGGCGAAAACUCAACCCUGAAGAGCAAAAGCUCCACCAAGCUGCGCUUUCCAGCACAGACAAGGUCUUAACGUCAAAACAAGCUGAAAAGAUAAUCCCUGAUAUGUCCGCACGUACCGCAGCCAUCAAUUUUCUUCUGGGAGCCGGCAUGCUCAAAGUCCUGUCCAACGCAGCAGGUAUAAUCUCCUUCCGAGCCGUAAUGAGAAAGGAGAUAGAAGUGAAAAAAGAUAUGAGCGGUGAAGAAGCCAUGGUGCUGGGUCAUAUCCAAGCCUCCGCGAACGAAGGAAUCUGGACCAAACACUUAAAGGCCAAAACCGAACUGCAUCAAACCGUUAUCGACAGGUGCCUCAAAUCGCUCGUUCAGAAGCAGCUCGUGAAAGCUAUCAAAGCCGUCAAGCACCCAACGCGCAAGAUCUACAUGCUCGCGCACCUAGAACCUUCAGUCGAGCUUACGGGUGGGCCAUGGUACACCGACAACGAACUCGACACGGAAUUCAUCAAGCUCCUCUCAACCGCAUGCCUGCAUUACAUCCGUGACCGUUCCUUCCCCAAACAAAGCUCCAAAGCCUCCACCCAAAACGAACAUAGACUCUACUCCAUAAGCGCCGCACCCUCCUACCCAUCUGCUCAGCAUAUCCAGAAUUUUCUAAGUAAAAGUAAAAUUACGGAGACGCAGUUGAGCGUCGAACAUGUUGAGAUGCUUUUGAGAGUGUUGGAGUUGGAUGGGGAGAUUGAGAAGUUACCUGCAUUCACAACAUCGUGGGACGCUACAGUCGACUCCGUCAAUCCAGCUUCUUCAAACUCGGACUCAGACUCGAACUCGGACUCGGACUCGGACUCUGGCUCUGACUCGGACUCAGACUCAACUACUCGCAAGAAGCGCAAACGCAGCUCGUCCAAAAAGAAGAAGAAAUCCAAAUCCAAACCGCGAAAACGGCGGCGUACGGACAGUUCCAGUGACAGCGACGAUGAUGACGAGUCCGAAGAAGAGGAGCGGCCGAAACGGAAGAGGAAGAAGGAAGAAAGCGAAAGUAAGGGCAAACGGAAGAAGCGGGAUGAUUCAUCUGACGAUGAUUCUGAAUCCGAAUCCGACUCUGACGAUCGUCGUUCGAAAUCGAAAUCAAAGUCGAAGUCGAAGUCGAAGUCGAAGUCGACGAAAAUGAAGACAAAUAAGAAGUCAUCCUCAAGUUCGAGGCGCGUUAAAUUCGAGACUCCGGAGGCAGAUGACAAUAUCAACAUCGGAGGAGCCUUCGUCUACCGAGCCAUCCGCCAAGAGCGAGUAGCGCUGGGAUGGUCCCAAGCUCCAUGUGGUAGAUGUCCAGUAUUUGACUUCUGUCGCGACAAGGGGCCUACGAACCCACAAGAGUGCGUGUACUACGAGGGCUGGCUUAAUUUUAAGCUUGGGACGGGUGAAGGGGGGCCAUAGUUUUUAAAUUUUCACGAUGUAAAUAACCCGAUAAGUUCGUUUUUACAGCACAAAGCAGCCCAGGCUUUCACAAGUUCCUGCAUUCCUGCACCCUUGUUGCAAUUCCUGCACUCAACUGUCGAGUAUUUUUCACGGCCCUGUAUUUCCCGCAUUGGACCUGCACAC